UUAAUAAUUACUUACUCAACAGGGUACGGGUUGUUUAGUGUGUGUCAGCUUUCAAACAGUUGAUAUUAGCUUCUCCAGCCUUUCUUAGUCGUUCAAAGGUGUACUUACAAUUUACCCCUUUACACUGAUAUUAAGCACAUACCUACCCUGCAUUGUGUUCCGUCAGUCUAACUAAGGAGUAGCAAACAUGUGGGGUGAGGCAGCGAAAUUGAUUACAUCAGCGAGCACUCGGGGGCAAUCCAAGUCACUCACUCAGUAUGACGAUGGAUGAUUCAGGCCCCUAAUUAGCUCGCUUUGAACUACAGUACGUCUGUCUGGCACUAAUAACAACUUGGCAGGAAAUACAAUCGAUAACCGCGCAUCGGAAAGCACCGACUUCGGCUACUAUAGGAGCGUGAGGGCAAUUGAAAUAAUUUUCUACGUGCGUGAACCAAGCAUGGUUCAUUCCCAUUCAUGAUAUAACCUCGGACUCGACGCGGCUGGAAUUUCCCAAGAGCCUUGCUGAACCGCAACAUAUCCCGUAUGCAAUUGAUCACGUUAUAAAGCAAAGGCACCUCUUAAUUUCACUUGGAGGGCAUGAUUUCUUGUUCUCGUUCAACUUGACGGGGUCUGAAUAUACCGUUCUUGAUCGGUCAAUCAUUCAAGCCACCCAUCGCAAAAGCCUUGACCCGAAAUCAUGUCGACAACAGACAGGGGAGCCUCGGGAACCGAUUCCCAGCAGGCAGUGGCAGAAGUGUCCUCCUCACGCGUGGUGCCCAAGCCUGUGCCCCAGAGCCAAGCCAGAGAUACCAGGGCUUACCAACUCCAGCAGCUGAGGAAGCGCUAUUCUCCUAAAGAAUUGUCACCGAAUGGCGAGGGCGGCGUCGCCUAUCUGCAGUUCAGGAUGAAGCCUUCAGAUCCAGAUUUCCCUUAUGAGCUCGAUCACCUCGAGGUCGAGCUCAGGAUCCCAUCAACAUAUCCCAAAGAACCGCCAUCGCUGAGCGUCGAAAACCGAGACAUACCUCGCGGGUUUCGCAUAAACAUUGAGCGCGGUUGGGACAAGCUUGUGGCAGAACGCAAGGGCGCCAGCACGCUGCUUUCGCUUAUGAAUGCACUGGAUAGGAACCUCGAGACCUUCUUGUCUGAGCAAAAGGCCGAGACGGUCAAGAUGACCAUCUUCAAGGAUACGAGGCACCUCGAUGCGAUGGCUGCCGAGGCCGCCAGCCAACCGGAGACUGUGGUGCAACCGCCUCCACAGAGACGACCCCUGUACCGGCCCGAGACCUUUACCAGAGAGCAGGUCACGGAGGCAAAGGCUAUAAGGGCGCAGGAGACGAGGCAGCUCGAGGCGCGGAUGGGCCGGCUUCCACUGUAUCAAAAGUCGAGCGACGGAAUCGUGUACACCCUUCCGCUCGAUCCCAAAAGGCGGUCCGAACUCCCCGUCGGACUGAGACCUGUCAAGUCGGUGCAGCUCAUCAUACCACUCCUCUACCCACUGCAGCAGAUCCGGGUCCUGCUCAACGACGUCGCGUCGGACGAGGCCGAGCCCGUGGAGGAGAUAUUUGCCGAAAAGGCGGCAGCACAGCGGACCAUGAACCUGAUGAGCCAAGUCAACUACCUGACGCAGAAUAUUCAUGUGCUGGCAAGGCAGGUCCAGGCAAACAGAGAGGCUGCUCUGGCCGCGGAGCGCAUGCAGGCCAAGGUUGAGCGCAAGGCUGAAGAUGUGGACGGCCAUGGGAAGGCCGCCGCUCACGUUUCAUCUCUGGAUGAUGUCAAGGGCCACGUCAAGGUCAUCCCGCGACCACCAGAGUGGUCGUAUGGAAACGCAGGCGAGUCGGAAUCCGAUUCGGAGGACUCGUACGAUUCGGACGAGGAUGGACAAGGCGGUGCAAGCCUGGGGCCCCUAGAUGCCCAAGAACCCACGUCAAGUUCCACAAGGAUGACCGAAAAGGGCACGGCAAUCACUUUCCCGUCCAUCGAGCUGUAUGGCGUCGAGAUACUUGAGAUCAACACUCUGAGUGUCAGCGUCAAGUGCUUGCGCUGCAAGACAAACAACGACCUGGGUGGCCUCAAACACAACGUAGACAAGGUCAGCAGCUGCAAGAAAUGCGCCACCGAGUUCGUCGCCACCUUUCGUCCAGAGCUUGUCCACCAAAACUCCACCAGGGCCGGCUUCAUCAACCUCUCGGGCUGCACAGUCACCGACCUCCUGCCCAGCACCUUUGUGCCCACGUGCAGUAAAUGCUCGACGGCCGCAGCCCAGGGGUUCGUGUCUGUCCGCGGAGACGCCACGACCAACGUCUGCCGCGAGUGUCACGGUCGCUUCACCUUCAAGAUCCCCGAGGUCAAGCUGCAGAGCUACAGCUCAGGUGCCUCGGGCUCCCUCCCGCCGACCAGCGGGCCCCGGCGCAGGCAGGAGAAGCUGGGCCUGCACGCUGGCGACCCCCUGCCGGCCAGGGGCGCGUGCGAACACUACAAGAAGAGCUACCGCUGGUUCCGGUUCAGCUGUUGCGACAGGGUGUCGGCCUGCGACAAGUGCCACGACGCCGAGGCCGACGGGCACGUGCAUGAGUGGGCGAACCGCAUGAUCUGCGGUUGGUGCUCGCGCGAGCAAAACUAUAGAGUCGACAGCUGUGGCUUUUGCGGGCGGAGCGUAGUCGGUAGGAGGGGGACUGGUUAUUGGGAGGGUGGAAAGGGGACGAGGGAUCAGGUGCUGAUGCGUAGGAAUGAUAAGCGGAAACACCGGCGUAUUGGUGGUGGUGAGGGCAAAAAGAAGGAGUAAGAGUAGAAGAAUAUAGGGAGUUUUGUUGUUGAGCUGUCUAUAAUAAUACUCUUUCCAACAUUGACAAAGAAACAAAUAUCACCAGCCCGACAGAAACAGGAUGACAAAAGAUCAAACUGGGUUGUUUAUAUGCAACAAAUAUCAACCAAUCUUUUUUUUUCUUCUAAUAUUUGUGCCGUAGAGUGAAAGAUACAUGCCCA